GUACAUGGAAAAAGAUUGGCCAGUAAACCAAAGCAACCCUGCUGCUCUUUAACAUUGUGUCUGCUGACUGUCAGAUUCCAGACCGCUUUUGUCCGUCUUGAUUUCCCUUGGGAAAUUCCCUGCCAAAAUCGAUGCCCGCAUCCUCUGAAGAGAGCUGGUGAUGGAUAUGAAGCGGAUCCGGAGGCAGCAAUCGUCUCCGGCCGGCCCCUUCGAUCCGGAGAGCAAUGGGGCUUCUCGACACGGUGCGGAGAAGAGGCCGGCCUCCGGUUUCCUCAGGCCCAUAAUGAUCCUGUUCGUCUGCUUGAUGCUCCUGUUGGUCGUCUCCGGUGCCUUCCGGAGCUUGUCGCUCGAUCGGCUUCGCGGAGUCGGAGGAGUCCAAGGAAAGGGAGAAGUUGAAAUAAUAGCAAGAGAAGGUUCAGAAAAUGGAUCCUCUGCAUCCUCUAGCAUGCGAAAGGACAAACUUCUUGGUGGCCUGCUGACUGCUGGAUUUGAUGAAGAAUCCUGUCUAAGUAGGUAUCAGGCUGUACUGUACCGUAAAGAAUCACCUUACUUACCUUCUCCAUAUUUGUUGGAAAGGCUGCGAAAGCAUGAAGCUCUCCAAAAAAAGUGUGGCCCGAAAACUGAAUUGUACAACAAAGCUGUGGAACAGUUGAAGUCUGGUCAGAGUGUUGAGACUGCAGAAUGCAAUUAUGUGGUAUGGAUAUCAUAUAGCGGGUUAGGGAACAGAAUACUAACUCUUGCUUCAGCAUUUCUUUAUGCUCUCCUUACAAACAGGGUCUUACUUAUUGACAGAGGUGCUGAUAUGGCUGACCUCUUUUGUGAACCAUUUCCUGAAAGCUCCUGGCUUCUACCCUUGGAUUUUCCUGUUAGCCAGUUUGAGAGCUUUGAUAUUAAAGCUCCUCAGAGUUAUGGAAACUUGCUGGAAAGAAAGGUGAUCAGUAACAGCGAUGAUGGAGCUUCAACAGGAUCACUACCUGCUUAUGUUUAUCUCCACCUUGACCAUGAUUAUGGUGACUUUGAUAAGCUUUUCUUCUGUGAAGAUGACCAACAAGUCCUUCAAAAGAUCCCUUGGCUGCUGUUGAAAUCAGAUAACUACUUUGUGCCAUCCCUCUUUCUGAUUCCAAGAUACGAAGAACUUAAUCAGCUCUUCCCUGAGAAAGACACUGUUUUCCAUCAUUUGGGACGUUAUCUUUUCCAUCCCAGAAACCUGAUAUGGGGUUUGAUUACCAGGUACUAUGAAUCUUAUCUAGCUAAGGCAGAAGAAAAGGUGGGCAUCCAGAUCAGAGUCUUCGAUACAGGUACCGGUCCAUUUCAGCAUGUGUUAGAUCAGAUUCUUGGAUGUUCCCUGAAGGAAAAUCUAUUGCCUGAUAUCAGUGCCCACAAAUCCCUAGUUUCAACUCCAACUGUAAGAUCAAAAGCAGUUCUUAUGACUUCUUUGAACUCUGGAUACUACGAAAUCAGAAACAUGUACUGGGAGCACCCAACUGUCACAGGCGAAAUUAUCAGUGUCUAUCAACCAAGCCAUGAAGAGUACCAGCAGACAGAAAAGCAAAUGCACAACAUGAAAGCAUGGGCGGAGAUGUAUCUCUUGAGUUUGACUGAUGUGUUGGUGACGAGCGCCUGGUCGACAUUUGGGUAUGUAGCUCAAGGUCUUGGUGGUCUAAAGCCAUGGAUUAUGUUCAAGCCUGAAAACCAGACAGUACCUGACCCUCCCUGCCGCAGAGUCAUGUCGAUGGAGCCUUGUUUUCAUGCCCCUCCCUUUUAUGACUGCCAAGCGAAGAGAGGUGUCGAUACAGGUGCCCUAGUCCCACAUGUGAGGCAUUGUGAAGACAUGAGCUGGGGCCUCAAGCUGGUUGAUCAAGAUGAAUGGUAGCUUUGGCAUAUCUACUACUUCCAUUCAGAUAGAACGGUUCAUCCUUGUACAUGAGGAUCUGGCAAGCUAUUAUUGAUCUUGUACUACGAUGUUUCUGGCCUAUGUUGGUCUUAGAUUAGGGCUAUGUUCAAAUGGCAUAUCUUGGAUAAUUUUGAGCAAUAUUUGAUUAAAGAAAGUGGCUCAGCCAUUUUUGUUGUAUUAGUCAUAUUGGGUGGUUAGUACAUUUGGUGUUAAUUCCUGGGAACAAUUUAUGUACCCUCAACACUCCACGAAUUUAAUUUAAUGAUUCAAAGUCCUUUUGCUAUGCCAGAAA